ACGACCAACGCCAGUCCAGCCAGCAGUCCCUAGGCGCAAAAAUCUGUGUCCGACUUCUGCCUACAAUAUGUCCACGUAGGAUCCGAUCCUCCGCCGUCCCGGAAGAAGACAGGAAGAAGAACUGUCCGACAUAAUGACUUCGUAGCUUAUAGCACCUUUGACGAACUGAUGACACCAUGGCCAGCCCACGGACGCGACGAGUGCUGAGUGAACUGAAGCCGAGGGACGAGAACAAUAAAUGCUUUGAAUGCGGCAGUCAUAAUCCGCAAUGGGUAUCAGUAACCUAUGGCAUUUGGAUAUGCCUAGAGUGUUCUGGGAAGCAUCGCGGUCUAGGCGUACACUUGUCAUUCGUCCGCUCUAUUUCUAUGGAUAAGUGGAAGGACAUAGAACUUGAGAAGAUGAAGGUCGGUGGCAACAGAAAUGCCCGGGAGUUCUUUGAGAGUCAGCCCGACUGGGAGGAAUCUAUGUCCAUCUCACAGCGUUACAAUACAAAGGCAGCGGCACUGUACAGGGACAAGAUUGCUACAUUGGCGAGAGGAGAGCUCUGGAGUCCGAGUAGUUCGACAGCAAAGGAUUUCGAACCGUCAAUGUUCAUUAGAAGUAGGCAAGAGCACUCGUAUCAGAGCGACUUGUCCUCUUCUUACCAAAAUAUGGACUCGAACAAUCUGAAGAUGCAGACAGAAUCCUUUUUCGCGAGGAAACAAAAUGAAAAUGCUACUCGUCCAGAUAAUAUUCCACCUAAUCAAGGUGGUAAAUACGGCGGUUUUGGUUAUCAAAUGGAUCCACCACCAAAAAGUUCAUCCCAGGAAUUGUUCGACACUGCAGUAUCAUCACUAGCGACUGGCUGGUCAAUAUUCUCUUCCUCGGCAUCGAAAAUAGCGAGCAAAGCUACCGAGAACGCAAUCAAGAUCGGAGGACUCGCAACACAAAAGGUUCGAGAUGGCACAUUAUUAGAAGACGUAGGAGCUCAAGUCAAUCAUUUGGUUACAAAGGUUGGGGAUAUAACGAGACGGGGAGGAUGGGGUGACAUUGCAGGGACCAAUUCAGCAGAACAAAGACAUUAUGAUUCCAUGGACCGAUAUCAAUAUUCUCCUAACACGUAUCAGAAUAACGAUUCGAUACAAUCGAAUCGCUCCAAUGAAAAAUCAUCUCUCGUAAGAAGCUCCAGUUCAAAAAGUAACAUUUCCGCUGGAGAUUCCUCAAACAUGUCGAAUUGCGAUUGGGACUGGGGCAACGACGCGAAACACACGAGCAAAACAGUAACUUCGAAGAGGCAACUAAAGGUGGAAAAAAAGGAAGAAUCGUUGAUUAAUUUCGAAACGGACAAUAAAACGCAACAGAAUUGGAACUCGAAAGCAGAAGACGACGCCUGGGAAAUACUAAAUAAUUAACCUUGGUAUAUUAUUAGCGCGAAUUAAGAAAUGAGGAUAUUGGGAUAUGUUAAUUUUAAAGAGCAUUGAAGAGAAUUAAAAAGAGAACGGAUGCACACCCUUA